AUGAUUUUCCAGUAGUAAACAUGGCGACGAAGGGGGUCCGUCAGCGCAACAGACGGGGGAGCAAACAGGACGCCAACAACGUCAACAGCAGCUCAGCCGGCGGCGAAAACCGAGCGGCGAAGGACGAAAAGGCAGCUGACGAUGGAAAAUCCAGCGAAACACGGAACGAGUCGUCUGGUAAAGCAGGGCAGGUGUGGGCCCCGGAAGGCUCCACAGCCUUCAAGUGCCUGGUGUCUGCCCGCUUCUGCGCUGCCCUACUCAGCAACAUCUCAGAUUGCGAUGAAACCUUCAAUUAUUGGGAGCCGACACACUACCUACUUUAUGGAAAAGGGAUGCAGACGUGGGAGUAUUCCCCAGCCUAUGCCAUUCGCUCCUAUGCUUACUUGUGGCUCCAUGCCCUCCCUGCUUGCUUUCAUGCCAAGAUACUGCAGACCAACAAGGUCCUUGUGUUUUACUUUCUCCGCUGCGUGUUAGCAUUCACUUGUUGCGUCUGUGAGCUCUACUUCUACAAGGCAGUAUGCAAGAAGUUUGGACUACAUGUCGGCCGCCUCAUGCUUGCCUUCCUGGUCCUCAGUGCAGGGAUGUUCUGCUCUUCUGCAGCUUUCCUGCCCAGCACUUUCUGCAUGUACAGCACAGUGGUUGCUAUGACCGGCUGGUUCCUAGGGCGACCCAGUUUGGCUAUACUGGGUGUAGCAGCAGGGGCCAUUGUGGGCUGGCCCUUCAGUGCUCUGCUGGGGAUACCCAUUGCUUUCGACCUUCUCUUGCUGAAGAAGAAGUGGAAAAGUUUCAUUACGUGGACACUUGUAGCCCUGGCGCUCUUUCUGGUCCCUGUAGUUGUAGUGGACAGUUAUUACUACGGAAAGCUGGUGGUGGCACCUCUUAAUAUAAUACUGUACAACGUCUUCACUCCUCAUGGGCCAGAUCUCUAUGGCACUGAACCUUGGCACUACUACUUUGUGAAUGGUUUCCUAAACUUUAACAUUGUGUUUGUGUUGGCCUUGUUUUCGCUUCCUCUCACGGCUCUAAUGGAGGCUCUGCUUCAGAGGUUUAAUGUGCAGAACCUUGGCCGUCCCUAUUGGCUCACACUGUCACCCAUGUACCUCUGGAUGCUGGUUUUCUUCACUCGUCCCCACAAGGAGGAGCGCUUCCUGUUUCCUAUCUACCCCCUCAUCUGUCUGUGUGGGGCCGUGGCACUCUCCUCUCUCCAGAAGUGCUAUCACUUCAUGUUCCAGCGCUAUCGUCUGGAGCACUACACCAUUUCCUCCAACUGGCUGGCUCUGGGCUCCGUGAUUCUCUUCGCUGUGCUCUCUCUCUCGCGCUCGGUGGCUCUCUUCCGAGGUUAUCAUGCUCCUCUGGACUUGUAUCCUGAGUUUCACCGCAUAGCCAAAGACCCAGCCAUCCACACAGUGCCCGAGGGCAGGCCGGUCAGUGUGUGUGUGGGGAAGGAGUGGUACCGCUUCCCCAGCAGCUUCCUGCUGCCCAACAACUGGCAACUACAGUUCAUCCAGUCAGAGUUCCGAGGGCAGCUGCCCAAGCCCUAUGCCCGGGGACCUGAUGCCACACAGAUCCUGCCCACAGACAUGAAUGACCAGAAUCUGGAAGAACCUUCCAGAUAUGUGGAUCUGAAGCACUGUCACUAUCUGGUGGACUUGGCGACAGACACGGAAGCUCCGCGAGAGCCACGCUACGCAGCUAACAAAGACGAGUGGAGCAUCAUCGCGGAAAAACCUUUUCUGGAUGCUUCAAAAUCGUCCAGGUUCUUCAGGGCAUUCUUCGUUCCAUUCCUGUCCGAGCACCACACUACCUACAGCAGAUACGUCAUCCUCAAGCCCCGGCGGGUGAAACAUGGCAGAAGAAGAACGCAACCCUGAUGCUUCAUUCGUUUUUUUCUUUCACCAUUGCAUCCCUUCUUUACUUGUUCUGUUUUUACACACUAAGCCUCUGACGAACUGUGUGUGAGAGCAAGUGCGCAAGAGUAAGAGAGAAAUAUUGCAGUAUCUGUUUGUAUUAUGACUAAUUUGACUGUUCCCAUCCAUUGUAACCACCCAGGCCACCUGUCAGUUGCAGCACGGCAGCUUAAGCCAUUUGCCCGUCGCUGGCCCUCAUGUAGCCCCAUGCAUUCCAUGGCUUUUCUGUGGCCCCUUAUUUUGCUAUGUCCCACAUAGUGCAUUACUACAGACAUAGACUGCUCUCCAGCCUCUUUGUACCUUUAUAACAGAAGAUGCUCUGUUCAGCAACCCCUUUAAGGACCACAAGUCCCUUCUUUGUCAACGUCCUGUGUAUAUGUCUUCAUGCUCUCUCGACCUGGUUUUGGACAAUGAACUUCACUCAGCCCCAGGUCACAGUUACUGUCAUCCAUUGUCUUGUUGCGAUGUGGAGUAUACAUGGGUUCUAUUGAUUGCUUGUCUUGUGUGUAUGGCCCAGGUUCUCCCCCUUUUGCAGCUUCUUCAGCAGAAGAAGUGGCACUAAAAACUCUGUCUGGGUUCUCCAGUUGCUCUGUCUGUGAAAAUACAUAAACUGGUAGGAUGGGUGGUGGACCAGGGCAUGUUACUUGAGUGUUCAUGUGUGGUCAUGUCCUCAAAACAGUCAUCUCAGUGUUAACUAUUUGAUGGAGUCAAAUAAAAAGUGUGGAAAAGAGACCCUUCCUGGCCUGGGUGACUAGAAUAUGCGUAGUAAAAAUGUGUGGAGAUCUCAGACUAGCUUUGGUCUUUUCCUUACGACGGUUAAAAUACAAAGGAUAUAAAUCUGGUUCUGGAUUAGUAUGAACAGAAUUCCUAACACAACAUUAUUAAGUACAUUCAGUUCAUCCAGCGUGCUAGCAUGGCUAACAACAAGGAAAAACCAGUGGGAGCCAGUUAGCAUGAGAAGUUGCUUAACACUAACCAGAAACUAUUUGGUUACAUUCAUUUAGUUCUGAUGUAGCGUAAAGGGAUAGCUAAGAGUGCUUUAUUUAAAAGAAGAGCUCACCCAGUGUGCUAGCAUGGCUAACAAUGAAAGAAAAACAGUGGAAACUAUACUUUAAAAGAAUGGUUCACUCAGUGUACCUGCAUGGCUAACCGUGAAAGCACACCAAGUGGAAGCUAUUCUUUUACAAGAAUAGUUCACUUAUCAUGCUAACGUGGCUAUCAACGAAAGAAACCCAGUGGAAGCUACUUUUUAUAGGAAUAGUUCAACCAGCAUGCCGUUACGGCCAACAGUGAAAGAAAAUGAGUGGGACCUGUACCUUAAGAGAAUAGCUCAGCCAGCAUGCUAGCAUGGCUAACAAUGAGGGGAAAAAAACAGUGGGAUCCAGUUAGCAUGAGGUAACUUUCGUAACUCUUACUAGUUCCUGUCAAGUUACAUUUAUAAUUGGUAGUAUUCGAAUUUUGGGUUUAGUGCUGGAUUAGCAUAAACUGCUUUACUUAAAAGAAUAGUACACUCAGCUUG